AUGCUUGAUUCAAAUAAUCUAUCAACGGGCGAUAUUAGUAGACAGCAAAAAUAUAAAUUUUUAGUUGUUGAUUCAGGACCUUUAAUUAAAGGUGUUAACGUUCGUCAUUUAGCCGAAAAAAUUUAUACUAUACCGGAAGUAAUUGCGGAAAUUCGUGACAAACAUUCCCGCGAUUUUUUAACCCAAAUUUCUUUUGAUAUUGAAACAAUACUUCCUAAUGAAGAGGCCUUAAAAGAAG